UAUGUUUUUUCCUGGUGUUUAUGACCACCUGACAUAUAAACGUAUUUAUUUUUCCCCACUCACAUGUAAGCUUUAUGAAAUCUAGGACUUAGCUUUAUUUACCAUUAUAUCCCCAGUCCCUAGAAUAGUGCCUGGUGUGCAGUAGACCAGUUAUAGUUUUCACAGCUGUUUGUUGAAUGAAUGAAAGAAUGGGAGUCAGGGACGUGUAUAUCUCGUUUUGACAGUGUGAUUAGAAGGUUAGGUAUUGCCAUCUUUGCGGAAGAACCAACAUGACUGGAGCAGGAUGCUAGAAUAAUGUCAUACCUGGGGUGUUGUGUAGUCCUCUGCUUCAUGAAUGUUGUUUGGUUCAUAUCCAUCUUCCUUACCAUAUUAUAGUAUUUGGUUUGUGUGUGUCAUCAUUAUUCAGUGCUAAACAUUUUCAUUGUGAAGUAUAGGAUAACUACAUCUGUCUUUAAAACUCUUGUUUCUUAGAAACGGGGGUUUUUUUGGUCUUUUUUUGUAGAACAUUAAUAAUUUUGAGAAGUAAAAUUCUGUAGUAAUUUUUCUACCUCUAAAAAAUGAUUGCAUAGUUAGAAACCCAUUUGGAGAAUUUCUAGAGACAAGAGAAGAACUUGUCUCCUUGGAAGUAGCAGUUAAUUUUAUCAGUGAAUGUUGGUGCCUGUAGUGGGCACCCUGUCGCCGCACGAAUAAAAACAGCCCGGACCACGGAUUGAAGAUACAAAUGCCUCCAAGAGAGGAUUCCACAGACGUUGGCGAGGAGGACAACUUCCUUGGUCAGACUUCCAUUCACACAUCUACCCCGCAGACAUUUAGUUACUUCUCUCAGGUAUCAAGCAGUAGUGAUCCUUUUGGCAAUAUUGGACAGUCACCAUUGACGACUGCAGCAGUAUCAGUUGGACACUCAGCAUUCUCCAAGCCUCCAGCUGCUCUCCCUCUUACAACUGGAUCCCAGGAUGUGUCAAAUGUGUUUUCACCAUCCAUUUUGAAGGCUCAACAUGGUGCUCUACCUUCCUCACCAGUGGGAAUAAAUACUUACCUGCCUUCUCAACCCAGUGGUCUUCCACCUUCAAAUUUUGGGAGCCCACCCCAAGGAACGCCCCAACCAGGACACAAUCCAUAUCGUCACACCCCUGUCAGCAGCAGGGCUAGUCCUUACAUAGCACCACCCCAGUUGCAGCAGUGCCAAACACCAGGCCAUCACUCUCCUCCACCCUCUGCACCCCCUGUUCACAUGUACCAGAUGCCUCCAGGAUCUUUGCCACCGAUUCCUCCUUCAGUACAGUCACCAACACAGCAGGUACUUGCUAGACCCGGGGGUCCCUCUGAGCAGAUGCCACCUCCCGUGCUACUUCAAAACCAAUAUGAACCUAUUCAGCCUCACUGGUUUUAUUGCAAGGAGGUAGAAUACAAACAACUAUGGAUGCCUUUUAGUGUGUUUGACUCUUUGAAUCUGGAAGAAAUCUAUAAUUCAGUCCAACCGGAUCCUGAGAAUGUGGUCUUAGGCACAGAUGGAGGGCGCUAUGAUGUGUACCUCUAUGACCGUGUAAGGAAAGCUGUCUACUGGGACGAGGAGCCGGCUGAAGUGAGACGCUGUACGUGGUUUUACAAGGGGGACACAGAUAGCAGAUUCAUUCCCUAUACAGAGGAGUUCAGUGAAAAACUAGAGGCUGAAUAUAAAAAAGCUGUAACUACAAAUCAGUGGCACCGUAGAUUAGAGUUUCCAAGUGGAGAGACGAUUGUUAUGCACAAUCCAAAGGUUAUUGUUCAGUUCCAGCCUUCCUCAGUGCCAGAUGAAUGGGGGACCACACAAGAUGGACAGACAAGGCCUCGUGUUGUAAAGCGUGGAAUUGAUGAUAACCUUGAUGAAAUUCCCAAUGGGGAAAUGCCUCAGGUUGACCAUUUGGUGUUCAUGGUGCAUGGAAUUGGACCUGUGUGUGACUUGCGCUUUCGAAGCAUAGUUGAAUGUGUGGAUGAUUUUAGGGUGGUUUCUCUCAAAUUGCUGCAGACACAUUUCAAGAAAUCUUUAGAUGAUGGGAAAAUAAGCAGAGUGGAGUUUCUUCCAGUUCAUUGGCAUAGUUCCCUACGUGGGGAUGCCACAGGUGUUGACAGGAAUAUUAAGAAAAUCACCUUACCCAGUAUCGGUCGGUUUCGGCACUUUACCAAUGAAACCUUGCUAGAUAUUUUAUUUUAUAAUAGCCCUACCUACUGUCAGACAAUUGUGGAAAAAGUAGGAAUGGAGAUAAACUGUCUGCAUGCACUCUUUAUGAGUCGGAACCCAGAUUUCAAAGGAGGAGUCUCUGUUGCUGGUCACAGUUUAGGUUCUUUAAUAUUGUUUGACAUCUUGUCUAAUCAAAAAGAUUGGGAUUUAUCAAAGUCUCCUGGGCCUCUUUCUGUUGCUAAUGGAAUUGUGAAGCAGCCACAUUUUCAGGAAAAGCAGAUGCCUGAAGAGCCAAAGCUGACUUUGGAUGAGACAUGUGACCUCGAUGAUAAAAAUGAAGUCCUAACUUUGCAAGAAACUCUGGAAGCACUUAACCUUGCUGAAUAUGUUAGCACGUUUGAAAAGGAAAAGAUUGAUAUGGAAUCUCUGCUUAUGUGCACAGUCAGUGACCUGAAGGAGAUGGGGAUACCCCUUGGACCCAGAAAGAAAAUAGCUAACUUUGUAGAACAUAAAGCAGCCAAACUGGAAAAGAAAAAAGCAGCAUCAGAAAAGAAGGCAGUGACACCCGCUUCUACAAAAGGACCAGAGGAAAGUGCUCAGAGAACUAAAGAAACGGCUUCUCUCCCCUCUGAAGCCAGUGAGUCACAGAGGAGACUUCCACUUGGUGCUUACGUUUCUUCUGUGCGCGUUGAUUAUGAUUCUUUCAAAGUUGGCACAGGGCAGGUAUGUGUUGUUUACGACUCAUUAGACUUUGAACCAGAAAUAUUCUUUGCCUUGGGAUCUCCAAUUGGUAUGUUUCUCACCAUUCGAGGAAUUGAUAGGAUAGAUGAGAAUUACAGGCUUCCUACCUGUAAAGGAUUCUUCAAUAUUUAUCAUCCGCUUGAUCCAGUGGCAUAUAGAUUAGAACCUAUGAUUGUUCCAGAUUUGGAUCUAAAAGCAGUUCUUAUUCCACAUCACAAAGGCAGAAAAAGACUUCAUUUAGAGUUGAAAGACAGUCUCUCUCGUAUGGGAUCUGAUUUGAAGCAGGGUUUUAUUAGCUCUCUGAAAAGUGCUUGGCAGACAUUAAACGAAUUUGCCCGCGCUCAUACCUCUUCAACUCAGUUGCAAGAAGAAUUGGAGAAGGUGGCCAAUCAAAUCAAAGAAGAGGAAGAAAAGCAAGUAGUUGAAGCAGAAAAGAUUGUUGAAAGUCCAGAUUUUUCCAAGGAUGAGGACUACUUAGGAAAGGUUGGAAUGUUAAAUGGAGGCCGCCGAAUUGACUACGUUCUUCAAGAAAAGCCAAUUGAGAGUUUUAAUGAGUAUCUUUUUGCUCUUCAGAGUCACUUAUGCUAUUGGGAAUCUGAAGAUACAGCCCUGUUAUUACUUAAGGAAAUUUAUCGAACAAUGAACAUUAGUCCAGAACAGUCCCAGCAUUGAUCAGACUUCAGUUUUACUCUAUUUUCCUGUCUUCACAAAAAGUCCAGUACAACAUAGGUUGCUGAGAAAACCCUCAGAAACCAUUCCUUUGCUCCAGCGUUGGAUGACAGAAAAGUGAUUCAUCAACAAUUGCUCAGAUAACAGUUCUCGGAUGUAAGGAUCCAUUAAAGACAAUACACAGAACCAAAAGAUGAUGAAAAAAAAUCCAUACUGUAUUUGGAUAGUAUAGAUGAAAUAUAAAUUCUAAAAAUGAUGUAAUGAAAAAUUGCUCAGAUCAGUUUAGUCAUACAGUUGUUAAAGUUAGGUGUCAUAUCAGUGAAGAAAUACUAGUAGCAUGCCAAUGAUUGUUUCUGUUUCUUAAAAAACUAUUGUCAAUGGGCUAUUAAACUUGCAUUUUUCUUUUUAUUAAUAUAGUAUGUUCUUUUUAUUCAGGUAUGGACUUCUUGAGAAACCAUAGUAAUAUGAUUUUUAAGAAAUGUAUGUUCUACUUUAAAUAUGAAUUGUAGUUCUGAGCUGCCUUAAUGCAGGGUCAUUUGUAUUUAUUAAAAGGAGGUAACCAAGAUCACUUAUUAAGAGGAGGUAACCAAGAUCACUUAUAUUUCAAGCUGAAUCUGAGAGUUUAUAAAGCCUUUAACCUAUUGUUGGCGAGGCUCCUUGUGGAAGGAAGUGAAGUCACCUUACUGUACAGAAGUCCCCCACAGAGCUCUCCUAGCAUGUCCAUCUCCAGUAGGAGAGGGGAGGAAAUGAAAGACUUUUCUUUUUGUCAUCCGAGGUGGCUGUGCAGUUGCCUUGUUGCUGAUGUUCCAAUUAAUGUGAGAACCAAAGUAGAGAUUUUUCCUUUUUUAAUUUUUUUGGUUUGUAUUAGUUUCACUUAUACCAAAGUGUUUGAAAAUAUGAAAUGUAUUGGUUCUAGGCUAGAAGACUACUUCAUGAAAAGACUGCUCUGUAAUAAUUCACUUUGUGUACUAUAAAUUCAAGUUACCUAAAUAUUUUCCUAAUACAUGAGAAUAGUGAUUUUCUUCUUUUGUUAAGUGGUAGAAACAUUUUACAUUGUUUACAUAGUUCUCAUGGAACAUGGAAUUUUUGAAAGUGGCCUAUGAUACACAUUUUUUGUGUAUAUAUUCUAAUUAGUGUUAAGAAAGGAGUAGCAUCAGUGCAUUUUUUAAGAAGCAAA